AUGCCGUUCCCCGUGCGCCUCCCGCCGCCAUCAACCACCGUGGCCGCGGUCGCUGCCACCGUCGGGGCCGUACUCGCCGCCGUCGCGCUCCGCCGCUACCUGUCCGCUUCCCGCCACCGCCCAUCCGCCCGCGUGUCCAUGUCCGCGGCCGCCGGAGCAGCCACCACGCUCAUGGCGUACGGAAGUCAGCGCAGGAGCAGGAGCUGCUGGCCUCCGCUGCCGGUUCCAUCGUCCUAG